ACAAUCAAUGAACGGAAGCGGGCAAAAAUUAAAAGUACUGCAGCAGGUGAAGUAAACGAGGAGGGAGGACUAGGUAAAGAAGAAAGAGAGCUUGAGAGAAAAAAGAAAAAAGAAGAAAAGAGAGAAAUAUCUCUGCCUUUGCCUUGCUUGCCCUCUCUUAAAAAGUCUAGAGAGAGAAACCAACAACAACGUUAUAGUUGUGUCUCUCUGUGCGUGGCAAUCAAAUCUUCCUUCUUAUAUUCUCUCUCUCUCUGUUUGUUGGUUUAUGAUUUCAGGGCCUCUCUGUUGAAUCUAAUCUCUCUCUUUCUCAGCCAUCUCCAGAAGCAAUAGAAGAUUCCAUUCCAAUCCUUUUAAAACUACUCAUAUCUUCUUCCUUUUCUUGAGGAAAAGUAAAUUGAAAUCAAAAUCCCAUAAUUUUUUUCGGAGAAAGAGAUUCCAAUUCUGUUGCUUUUCCCCUUUGUCUUGUCCCUAGACAUGUCUUGUUGUUUCAAGGAAUAAGUCUGGUUCUGAUUGAAGUGAAGUAAGUUUGGAAUGGAAGGCGAUAUAUUUUCAGGAUUUGGAAAUGGAACUCAAGUAGAUGGCAAGGUUUUGCAGACAUUUCAAAAGAGUUUUGUACAAGUUCAAGACAUCUUAGAUCAAAAUAGGUUGCUAAUCAACGAGAUUAACCAAAACCAUGAGUCAAAGAUCCCUGAUAACUUGAGCCGGAACGUGGGAUUAAUUAGAGAGUUGAAUAAUAAUAUUAGAAGAGUAGUUGAUCUCUAUGCUGAUCUCUCGAGCUCCUUCACCAGGUCAAUGGAUGCUUCAUCAGAAGGCGAUUCAGCUGGGACAUUCAAAUCUGAUGGAAAAGCUAGUCAGAAGAGAAUUAGAUCUGGGUAAAUUUGAUCAAGCUGAGCUUUUGGUAUAAAUUCUGUUCUCUUUCCCUGUAGAAUAAGAAGAGUAUUUGGAUUCUGAAGUGAAAAAAAAAAAUCUGUAACUCUUUCAAUGAAAGUGUGAAAUGCAUCUGAGAUUGUGAAGCUUCAGCAUAAUCCUCAGUCAUCACUUUUCCAUUGAAAUAACAUCCUAGACAUUUACCAUUGUAAUCAUGUAUAACUGUUCUAUUUUGUUGAAAUCAAGCAUUUUCAUGCUUAACAUCUGCAAAUUGUGGCCAGGAUUCUGUGAAUUUGUUUUUGUUUUUGUUACAUGCACCCUUUUUAAUAAAUGAGUAUAGGGUUAUCUUAUCUGUA